AUGGGGCACAUGGCGUGCAGAGAAGGUGAUGAAUGCGGACUAGAUACAGAUUGUAAAAUCGAUCCGAGGUCAUUUGUGUUUAAGUACAACAAAUUUCGCAAACCUGAGAUAUUGUGGCCAUCUGAUGAUACUGUGGAGCUACCCUUGCAUUUCAACAUUUCACACACUAGUUCUUUGAUUGCCUGUGGCAUUGCCAUGGAUGCUAAUAUUGGCAUCGAUAUUGAAGAAAAGAAGCGGAAGAAAACCAAGAGUAUUUUAUCUCUUGCUCGUCGUUUUUUUACCCCUUCGGAAACUGAUUAUCUCGCUGAGAUUUCUGAUUCGUAUGCUCAGGAAAAGGAAUUCUUCAAACUAUGGACUCUUAAAGAAGCAUAUGUAAAGGCUCUUGGAUUGGGUUUGUCAAGCGCUCCACUCAAUGGAUUUUCAAUCAAGUUGGAAACAAGCAAGGGAAUUCGGGUUUCUAAGGCAUCAAAAGUAUGUGACGAUUCUAACUCUAGGUGUGAUCAUUUGUCUGAGAAUUGGCUAUUUGCACUCGCAGAGCUAAAUAGUUCUCAUUACAUGGCAGUUUGUAUGGAGGAUGACUCCAGAUGUCAAGGUCCUGAAAAUAGUCCAGCGCUAGUAGGAUUAAAAGUAUGGAAGACUAUACCAUUUGUAGAAGACACACUUGUCUCUGGAACAGAAGCUGUAAAACGUAUUGCUUGA